CGCGAUAAGAAAGACUACCAACUCAAAACAGUCAAGAUAAAACCCAGAUAUUUCUCUAAAAACAAAUAGUAUUGCGUUGAACACUAACUACAUAAGAGAGAUGUUACUUAAUCUAAAGUGCGUGCUGUUUUUAGCCGUUACAUAUUUCGGACUUUCAAAUACCAAAAUAAUAAAUGAAGUGAAACAAAGCAUAAGAAAAUUCCCAGAUGGAUUCUCGUUUGGCGCUGCAACGGCAUCUUAUCAAAUUGAAGGAGCUUGGAAUGCUGAUGGAAAAACGGAGACUAUUUGGGAUCACUUGACUCAUAACAAUCCGUGUAGUGUAAAAGACUGUUCUAAUGGUGACAUCGCUGCCAACUCAUACAAUUUGUUUAAGAGAGACGUCGAGAUGAUUCGGGAACUGGGUCUGGACCAUUACCGAUUUUCUCUAUCCUGGACUCGGAUAUUGCCUACUGGUUUUCCCGAUAAGAUAAACGAAGCAGGGGUACAGUACUAUAACAAUUUGAUAAAUGAAAUGAUUAAAUAUAACAUCAAACCAAUGGUCACCCUCUACCAUUGGGAAUUACCCCAAAAACUUCAAGAAAUGGGGGGAUGGGCAAAUCCUCACGUUACUGACUGGUUUGCCGAUUAUGCUCGAGUUGUAUUCGAACAAUUUGGAGAUAGGGUCAAAUAUUGGAUAACAAUAAAUGAACCUUAUCAAAUUUGCAACGCCGGUUAUGGAAGUACAACUAAAGCCCCCCAGCUAAAUUUAAAGGGAAUAGCAGAUUAUAUGUGUGCUAAAAACCUUUUAGUAGCGCACGCUAAAACAUAUCAUAUAUACAACAACGAGUUCAAGCCUAAGUAUGGGGGCGUCGUUGGUAUGUCAAUGAGCGCACAAUGGUAUGAACCAGAAUCUGAAGAACAGGUCGAAGCCGCAAAUGAAGCUAUGCAUUUCGGCAUUGGACAGUACGCACAUCCAAUAUUCGCGAAGGAAGGCGAUUUCCCCCAAAUUAUGAAAGAGAAAGUAUCUGCUAAAAGCGCAGCACAGGGAUAUUACAGGUCGAGAUUAGUCGAAUUUACUGAAGAAGAGGUCAAUAUGAUUCGAGGAUCAUCGGAUUUCAUUGGCCUGAACCAUUAUACAACAUAUUUAAGUUAUCGUAGUAAUGUUACUUUAGAAGAAAAGCAAGAUUCCGAUGUAACCUCGUAUCAACCCAACUCCUGGCCCGGUUCAGCUUCAGAGUGGUUAAAGCAAAUACCAUGGGGUCUUCACAAACUCCUCACCUACGUAAAACACAACUAUGACAACCCUAUGGUGAUCAUCACCGAGAAUGGAUUUUCUACAUUGAGUGGAUUAGAAGACGAUGAUCGAAUCUCUUUCUACAGAGAAUAUCUUAAUGCUAUGUUGGAUGCGAUUGAAGAAGGAUGUAAUGUGGCGGGCUACACUGCGUGGAGCCUCAUGGACAAUUUCGAAUGGCUAGAAGGAUACACAGUACGUUUUGGCCUGUAUGAAGUGGAUUUCACGACUGCGAAUCGUACACGCACACCGCGCAAGUCAGCUUUCGUAUACAAGGAGAUCGUGCGCUCGCGGGCUCUGGACCCCAUCUAUGAGCCCAACACCAAAGUCAUGACCAUCGACGAGGGACAUUAAACAAAAUCCAGUGCUAGCAAGUAAGCCUCUUCCUUCUCAAACCAUUGAACUUCUGAUGCUUCUCCCUACCAAACCAAAUCAAAUGGGAUUUAUUGACAUAGACUCACUACAGGAUAACUUUAGCGAUAGUGAAUAAGUUAGGUAGUUUCAUUUGAUGUU